UCCAGGCUGCUCAACCGAGCGCCGAGCGUCCCGCUCCCCGCUCAGCCCGAGCCGCCGACGGCCGAUGCGGCCCCGCCGCGGUGGAAGAUGGCUGUGUCGCGGGGGCUGCGGUGCUGCCAGCGCGCCUUCGCCUGGCUGCCCGUCCUCAUCAUCGCCCUCGUCGUGCUCUGGUCCUAUUACGCCUAUGUCUGCGAGCUGUGCCUGGUGACUCUGAGCAACCCAGUAGAAAAAGUGGCCUAUCUUAUAAUAUUCCAUAUUCUCUUUGUGCUCUUUGUGUGGACAUACUGGAAGUCUAUUUUUACUCUCCCGGUGCAGCCAGGUAAAAAGUACCACAUGUCCUACGCUGACCAAGAGCGUUACGAAAAUGAAGAAAGGCCGGAGGUGCAGAGGCAGAUUCUGGCUGAAAUCGCGAGGAAGCUGCCGGUGUACACGAGGACGGGGAGCGGAGGUAUUCGGUUCUGUGAUCGGUGCCAGCUGAUAAAGCCUGAUCGUUGUCACCACUGUACUGUUUGUGCCAUAUGUGUGCUAAAAAUGGAUCAUCACUGCCCAUGGGUGAAUAACUGCAUUGGAUUUUCUAACUACAAAUUCUUUCUACUCUUCUUAGCCUACUCUUUGUUGUAUUGCUUGUAUAUUGCUGCCACAGUCUUCAAGUAUUUCAUUAAGUACUGGACAGGUGAGCUGACUAAUGGACGUUCCAAAUUUCACGUCCUUUUCCUUCUCUUUGUGGCGGUCAUGUUCUUCGUAAGCCUUAUGUUUCUGUUUGGCUACCACUGCUGGCUCGUUAGUAGAAACAGAUCCACUCUAGAGGCUUUCUCAGCUCCUGUGUUUCAAAACGGCCCAGAUAAAAAUGGGUUCAAUCUUGGCUUCGUAAAGAACCUUCAGCAAGUGUUUGGAGAAGAAAAGAAGCUCUGGUUGAUACCGAUUGCCUCUAGCCAGGGCGAUGGGCAUUUUUUCCCCAUGAGAGCUUUGUGUGAAGCUCAGAAUCCUCUCCUAGCAAAUGAAGAGCAGUGGGAAGAUGAUGGAAUGGAUGAAGAGCCUCAUGAUUCUUGUGAAGCUUCCUCCCUUGCCAUAGAAAGGGAGACAUAGCAGUCUGAACAUGCAGCGGUACAAAGCUUGUCCAGGAAGCUUCCCUCUCAGGAGUCAGCAUCUCUUCUCUUGGCCGGGACUUCAGUUCUGAGGGGCAGAAAACAAGUGAAUCUUCAGGAUGAGAAAACAUCAUGGAGCAUCAUCCGAUUGGAAUCUGCAUUCCAGAGUGCUUCUCCAGGAAUCCUGCCAUCCAGAUGUCUCAAGGCUUUCUAAGUUUUAAGUUACGGAGUGAACAGAACACUUUUAUAGAGUGAUUGUGGCCGAUCAGCUUUGGCCUGCUCUUUAUUUUAUAAAUACUCUAUAUUUUUUAUUCACAAUAGGUGUACAAAUACUGACGUGAGCGCAGUUCAAAGGCCUUUCCGUUUUGCAGACAUCAGGGACUCGAGUUCUUGAGGUUCUUUGAAGCCAUAAUAUUCUUGGGGAUGGUGUUUAUCGUGAGACUGAUUCUCCAGCCUGCUCUGACAAGUGGCAUUUUCUGACACGUUUAAAGUUCUGAGU